AUGGCUGCCUGCCAAUGCAACUUCAUGGGGGCAUGUGAUGCAAAAGGAAGAAAGAAUCCCAACUUGGCACGGUACUUGCCGAAAGGUAUGGAUAACUUUGGGCUUAUCGAGAGAAGGCGGCGAAACCUGGCAUAUUUGUGUGAAGGUGUGGAUGCAGUAGGAAUUCUGUAUGACUGCAAUAACCGAAUUCCUCUCUAUGCGGCCACCGUGAUCCAUGGGGCCCAGUUAACAGGAACAAGCUUAGGUGGUCGGCCAGGCGUUAAAUUUUUACAAAGCAGGUUGCUCAAUCCGCCUUUUCAACAACAAGAUGGAGAUUAUGUACGUGCUUUAAAGCGAGAACUUUGCUAUACAACGAAAAAAGGGAGCAAGUACCUCGUUGACGUGAACUGGUUAAAAGCAAGUGGACGCAGAAAACGUUUCAGGACCAGAGUCUGUCCAGGAGGAUCGGUAGUCAAAACAUCAGUACACCGCGGACACUUGAUUGCCUCACAAUACGGUCGCAACAAUCAAGCUAAGAAAAAAGCAACUUUUACCUACACCAAUGCUGUGCCUCAGUUUGGAGUGUUUAAUUCGCAGCCUUGGAAAACCUGCGAGAGCCGACUCAUUACAUGGGGAAAUCAGAACUGUGCUCAGGUGAAAGGAGCAACGAAUGUUCGGUUAUUUAUCGUAGUUGGUGCCAUCCCAUCGACAGUAAGUGUAUCCUCGAAAUGGAGAUAUUUUGGCAAAAAGGGGUUCAGCGACUACAAAGACACUAUCGGCGAUUACCGGGUCAACGUGCCUAGUGACAUGUGGACUGCUGCCUGCUGUACUUACAGCGUUAAAGGAACAUUGAAAUAUCGCAGCACGGCCUUUUGGAGGGAAAACAAUCCGGGAAAUGCAGAAUGUGAAAAGACAGACGUAGGCUCCUUAACGAGUCUGUUGUCCAGAAGAAUUCGCGGUGGGACCGUGAGUUUCAAUUUAUUUCCGCAAACAUCUCAGUGCAACAAUAAGAAAAAUCAUAUCCAGCUGCCGUGA